CAGGGAGAGCAAAGCAGGAGCUGCACAUAAAUUGCUCUGGAGGAAGAAGAGAGGAGAGACUGAGAAGAUGCACUAGCAGGAGAGGGCUGUGGAUUUUUUUCUUCCCUCCCCCUUCCUUUCCUCUUUCUUUGUUGUCAGCACGGAUGCAAACCUGACCAUGGAAGAGGACUACCGUUGCUGCCUCUGCGAGCAUCUCUCCUGUUCUCCUGAUCUGAUUCCAGCAUAGAGUCAGCGGUGUGGCACGCUAGCGGGAGCUAGCAGGAGGCUGUGUGGCAGUGUGAAGAGGAAAAAAGGAGGAGGGGCUGCAUUGAGCUGGUGGGCUUCCUCUCCCUCACAGACACAUUUUAUUGACUUGCUAAUUGGAUGAGGCGCUGAGGAUGCAGUGACCGAGAGCAGAUGCUCUCCACUGAAGAUACACUGUUUCCUGUGUUGCAUAAAUCCGGCGACUUGAUUUCAUUUUUCUCGGGAUGUAACGGAUGUUUUACAGCCGCUCACGUUGACCCUCUGACUGUUGCGUUGAUAAUUUUAUGCAUGACAUUGUGGAAUGGAGGCUCCAGCUGCCAGAUGCUUCACGACAAGUGAAAGAUUUCAAUUUUGAUGCUUUUUCGGCCGAUUCCACCUGUUGUUUUUCCACCCCUUUGGAAGAAUCCAUUGAAGCUUUUUCUAAGGCUUUUUUUUUUUCUUUUGAUAUGCCGUUUGAUGAUGUGGUAAUCUGAUGCUGAAAUCAAUUAAUGUGUGCACAAACAGAAUGUACAAGCAGCUGUGUAAUGGAUAUUCUGCAGGGAAAAUGACGGCUUGUCCCACAUUCAGUAAGGGCUUAAAAGCUUAAAGAAAGUGGUGGGAUCCUCCUGAAGUCCUCACACAAGACAGAACACGGUCUGAUCCUGAUCUGCGAUGUUCUUUCUCUUCUGCCUCAGCCUUCAUCCUGGUUGCCAUGACUGAGAUUUUUUGCUCCAGCUAGGUCAGACAGCAGGUGCCACUGUGCGCUACAGUCUGCCAUCCCAAUGAGCAAGGCAGCCAACCCCCAGAGACGCACAACCUACCUCAUUUCCCUCACCCUGGUGAAGAUUGAGGCUGUGCCAGAGGAUGGAGAAGUACAGAAGGAGGCCCUGCCAGAGGGGGAAGGGACUCCUAAGCGUGAGGAGGAAGCACCCAAAUGUGCAGAAGUGGUGGCGAAAGAGCGCGCACAGCCGGAUGAAAUGGAGCAGGUAACGGUGAAAUGUGACAGUCCUGUUGAGAUCCGGAGUGAGCCUGAGGGAGGUGACGCUCAUGCAAACUUAAAACACGGUGCAACAGUUGGUAAAAUCAAAGACACUACUUUUGUGCAUCCGCCUGUCAAACAACUGGUGAGGGCGUAUGGAACCAACACUGAGGGAGGGGUGCGCAGAGAGGGCCCUCGGUCAGAUGUCCUUCGCCCAAAGACGGAGCUGUACAGGGAGCCCCCCUCGUUAUUCCAGAAGGGUGAAAAUGGAGCAGACUUGAGCAGCCGCUCACGUUCCAGCCUCCCCUUUUCCAUCCCACCGCAGGUCAGCCAGCGUCCUGAAGUCGUGAUGAGGUCGCACGCGGGAGGCAACACCGCAUGCUGGAGGGAUCUCAGAGAGGCCAACCAGAGUUUUUUCACCUCUGGUAAGACUUUGGAUCGCAGGGACAAUCGUGUCGGGGACCAGUCCCCGUUAAUGGCAGCUACUACUUUGGGGCCUUACAGAGCAUCCUGGGCCGCAAGUGAUGGGAGGGGCACACUCAUCCGCCCGGGGGCUCCCGUAAGUGGAGGAUUUACGAGUGUAAUGAGCAGAGACAGCCCUCAGCGGGAGCGGUUUAAGACAGUUUCUGCAUCCUUACCUGCCCCUCCUGCUGCAGAGGUGACCAGGCCUCAGAGGAAAGGUACAAGCCGUACCCUGGACAACAGUGACCUACAUUGUCUGUCUGAAGACCUCAGGCAAGGGAAGCAGGGAGGAACAACCCAGCGAGCUCCUCCUAGGGACCGCAAGAUGCUCAAGUUUAUUAGUGGAAUUUUCACUAAAAGUACACCUGUGCCGCCCAGUGCUGCCCCUCCCCUCUAUACAGCUGUGGAGAGGGGUUCCAGUGAGGAGGAAGCUGUGUACACGAGCAGUCAGGAAUGGACCAUCAGCCAAAUGGUACAAGAGCUUCACCUGGGUGUCGUGGGAGGUCUGUGCAGUGGGAAGUCUGCUCUGGUCCACAGACACUUGACGGGCAGUUAUCUUCCACUGGAGAAUGCUGAAGGACGUCAGUACAUUAAAGACGUACUUAUUGAUGGACACAGCCACCUGUUGAUAAUCAGAGAGGAAACUGAGCUCCCAAGUGCUCAGUUUGCUGCCUGGGUGGAUGCUGUCAUUUUGGUCUUCAGUUUGGAAAAUGAGGCCAGCUUCCAGGAAGUUUACAAAUUCUACCACCAGCUUGCUCUCCACAGGCCUGUUAGCGAGAUACCGUUUGUCGUGGUGGGCACUCAGGAUAAGAUCAGCAGCAGCAACCCCAGAGUGAUCGACGAUGCCAGGGCCCGACAACUCUGCUCGGAUGUGCGACGCUGCACUUAUUAUGAAACCUGUGCCACAUACGGGCUCAAUGUGAACAGAGUCUUCAACGAUGCUGCUCAGAAGAUCAUGACAGCCAAGAGACAAGCUGCUCUUCUCGCCUCCUGUAAAUCUCUGCCGAACUCCCCCAAUCAUUCUGGAGGCUCCACUCCAGUGUCAGGAGUCUUUCCUGGUCAGGCCAGUAAUGGCGGUCAGAGCAGCGACUACUCCUCAUCACUUCCCUCCACGCCUGUGAUUGGUCAUAAAGACACAGCAAGAGGAGACAAACAGGACAGUGCCACACCUGGAUCAAUCCGCAGUGCCACCCGGAGACGUACUCCACGUUUUGCGGGCCGGAGAGGCAGUGAUUCAAACAGAAGGAGUGUAGACAGUAAAGGUGAUCUGGGCAUUGGACGCUCCAUUCCCAUCAAACAGGGCAUCUUGCUGAAGCGCAGUGGGAAUUCGCUUAAUAAAGAGUGGAAGAAGAAGUAUGUCACGCUGUCCAGCGACGGCAUACUGUCCUAUUACUCCAGUGUCAAUGACUACAUGUUGAAUGUCCCUGGGAAAGAAAUGGACCUGCUGAGAGUGACGGUGAAGGUGCCGGGAAAGAGGCCGCCUCGUGCCGUACCCACGUCUGGCCCUCCUGCUGGGCUCAAUGGGCAGGUCAAAGAUGUGCUCGGACCUGAGGGUGUCAGCCAAGUCCCUCUGAGUACCAGCAGCCUCCUGCACAUGGAGGAAAUGGAAGGUCUGAGCGGAGCGCUGUUUCUGCAGAGUAACAGAAGAGUGCAGCGAUGCCCGUCAACACUGUCUAACCAUGCUCAAAGUGUCGACUCUGCAUUUGAGGGCGUAUCCAGCUCCUCAUCUACCAAAGAUGUAGGCUCCGCCUCCCCGCUGACAGACAGAAAGAAGCAUCGCAGAAAGAAGAGUGUUAACUUGAAAGGAGAUGUAGCCACUGGCCAAGCAGACGCCAAGCGCAAAAUGUGGAAACUAAAAAGCUUUGGCAGCUUGAGGAACGUCAGUAAGACAGACGAGGACAACUUUGAUUUCCUGAUUGUGUCGAGCACGGGCCAGACAUGGCACUUUGAAGCCCAAAGUGUGGAAGAGAGAGACUCGUGGGUCCAAGCCAUUGAGAGCCAGAUCCUGGCCAGCCUGCAGCUGUGUGAGAGCAGCAAAAACAAGGCUCGUAAGAACAGUCAGAGUGAAGCGGUGGCUCUGCAAGCGAUCCGAAACGCAAAGGGCAACAACUUCUGUGUUGACUGUGACGCUCCAAAUCCAACCUGGGCCAGUCUGAACCUGGGCGCUCUCAUCUGCAUUGAGUGUUCUGGGAUUCACAGAAAUCUGGGGACACAUGUGUCGCGGGUUCGCUCCCUGGACCUGGAUGACCUGCCUCGGGAGCUGACGCUGGUGCUCAGUGCCAUCGGUAACCACAUGGUCAACAGUAUAUGGGAGGCGUGCACGCUGGGCCACCGUAAACCAACACCUGGUGCAACACGAGAGGAGCGGGAAUCAUGGAUCCGGGCCAAAUAUGAGCAGAAACUGUUUGUGGCGCCGUUGCCUCCUCCAACUCCCAGUGAGGUGCCAGACCUCACGCUGGCUGGUCGACUUCUCUUGGCAGUGAUGGGUCACAACCUUCCAAAGCUGCUGCUCCUUCUGGCCCACUGCACUAAGGAGGACAUUAACGCCCCUCUGAGCCUAGGUCUCUCCUCCAGGUCGCUCCUCGCGCUGCGCUUGCCUGGCUCUGCCCUUCACGCUGCCUGUCAGCAGGCUGACGUGGUCAUGACACAGCUCCUCAUUUGGUACGGUUGUGAUGUUCAAUACCGGGAUGCUCAGGGGCAGACGGCACUGGCUGUGGCACGAAGCGUAGGCAGCCAGGAGUGCAUUGACAUCUUACUCCAGUGUGGUUAUCCAAAUGAACCAACCCCGUUUGCAGCAGUUGCAACAUCUGGCUUUUCUGUUGCUGUGACGCCAAGCCUGACGGUUGCCACAACACUAAAGGUUUCGCAUAAAAGCGGUGGCACCAGCUUGAGCUACAGCAGCUCCAGAAGAGCGGUGUCGUAAUCCAGAUGUGCCGCGGCACAGAUUCCUGAGUGUGAGCUUCGUGUCCGUCUCCCAGCAAGUCUCUUUGCCUACGUCGUGUCCCGUGUGCUCACACAGGCCUGCGGGACAGAUUGGCACAAUGCCAGAUGUUGCCCUCUUGAAGCCAGAUAUGAUUUCAAAGAUCACUGAAACGUGUCACAGGGACACACUCAGUUUGCUGUUGUGGUUUAACAUUUCCUGACUGUGCUUCGUAAACUCAGAAAAAAGAUAUCAUUCAUAUUUCCUCAUGCAGUACAUGUAAAUUCAGUUAUCAUUCUCCUCCGCUCGGUUAAGAAGGCCAAAUCACCUUUAGCCUCAAAUUUAUCAGAGCAUAAGAAGUGAAGAACUGCAAUAAGUUUGUUGUUUGACAGACGGACGUCUCUGUGUUAGUGUUGCUCCGUCUGCUUGAAAUCUCAACAUUAAAGAUAUCAGUGGUUAAGUUUAGUCACUAUAAAUUCUAAAUACAUAUACUGUGGAUUAAUGCAGCUGGUCAUUCAGCCAUUUAAAAGUGUAAGUUGAUUUUAAAGGAACAGGGAAUCAGUUGUAAAGAGAAUCAAAGUAACUGUAUAGAAUUGCACUGAUAAAACAGUAUUACUAGAACUGGAAAAUUUUAAAGUUGCUUAAUUUUCCAGAUGAAUAAUGUAUGAAGUGUACAGUUAAUUCUGUGUAUAAAUCUAAAAAGAUUACUGUUCAAAGAUUUACAGAUUGGCUUUGUUUUGGUCAUCGCUUGAUUAUCUGAGAUUUCUAUGUUAGGUAUGGUAACUGGUAUGGUUGUAUCGCUGUGUGUGACAUAGGCACUGUACGUGAUGUUGGUAUUUGGAGAAGGAAUGACUUAACUGCGGGUCAUUGUCACUUUAGUGUAAUUAGGUCAUAUUAUUUGUGGGUAUGAAGACAGCAAGGGCUACGGCAAUCUGACAUUUGACCCCAAUGACCUUGACCUUCAUCCAAAUCAUUGACCUCUGGGUGACCAUUCCAGAGCAAUUCUGAAAUCUUCUGAAGUGUGUGCCAGAUUUGGUCCAAAUCAUGUUGAAAAUCAAAUUCAUUGACCGUUGC